AUGUUUGCCCUUUCUGAGGAGUCCAAGGAGCGAAUCGCCAAGCUCAUCGACAUUUCGCGUGUCGCCAUCCACUACGGCUACCUCCCCCUAGUGCUGUAUCUCGGUAUGCCUUGA